GGGACCAAAUCUGAACCUGGGCACAAUAAAUUAGAGUUAUCAAAUUUGGCCAUACGAACCUAAAUGAGAACCAAUCUGAACCUGGGCACAAUAGAUUAGAGUUAUCAAAUUUGGCCAUACGAACCUAAAUGAGGACAAAAUCUGAACAUGAGCACAAUAAAUUAAAGUUAUCAAACUUGGCCAUACGAACCUAAAUGAGGACCAAAUCUGAACAUGAGCACAAUAAAUUGAAGUUAUCAAACUUGGCCAUACGAACCUAAAUGAUGACCAAAUCUGAACAUGAGCACAAUAAAUUAGAGUUAUGCGGCAGUUACGUGGUACAUUAACUACUUUAUGUUGUGAUGCAGGUUUUUUUGUGUGUGAAGCAAACGGUUAAAGGAUUGUGUUUGUGUCUGUUGGCUAUAGCUAUGCACUAAAGUUGUGAUUUUGAAGGACUAAUACAACCUAAAUUAUAAGGGUUGGUUUCUGGGGGUUUCUGAGAAUUCAUAUUUGAAUAGGUGAAGAUUUUGAAAAUGGUUGUGAGAAAAAGCAUGGGGCGGGCAAAGUCACUGCUUUUGCUGCUCAUGGUGCUUAUAUUUUCCUUUGCCACUUAUAAUUUGGUAGCUAUGAUCAUGAACCUUAAGACAGAUGGGUCGGAAUCUUUUAAUAGAAAAAUUAUGAGGUCAGGAAAGACUAAUUCAAAGUUUCAUGUUGCCUUGACGGCAACCGAUUCUCCUUACAGUCAAUGGCAAUGUCGGAUUAUGUACUAUUGGUAUAAGAAAGUGAAGGACAUGCCUGGAUCAGACAUGGGCAAGCUCACACGUAUUUUGCAUUCUGGAAGGCCAGACCAGCUGAUGGAUGAGAUUCCUACUUUUGUGGUUCAUCCACUUCCUAGGGGCUUGGAUAAGGGUUAUGUUGUCCUAAAUAGACCAUGGGCUUUUGUUCAGUGGCUGGAGAAAGCAGAUAUUGAGGAAGAAUAUAUUCUGAUGGCAGAACCUGACCACAUAUUUGUAAAUCCUUUGCCUAAUUUGGCUCAUGGAACCCUGCCCGCAGCAUUUCCAUUUUUCUAUAUGAACUCAUAUGAGAAUGUAGACAUAAUCAGGAAAUUCUAUCCUGAGGAAAAGGGUCCUGUUACUGAUGUUGAACCAAUUGGCAAUUCUCCUGUAAUCAUUAAGAAGUCUUUGAUGGAGGAAAUAGCUCCAACAUGGGUAAAUAUUUCAUUGAGAAUGAAAAAUGAUCCAGAGACUGAUGAAACUUUUGGAUGGGUGCUUGAAAUGUAUGCUUAUGCUGUGACAUCUGCAUUGCAUGGUGUAGAGCAUAAUCUUCGAAAAGACUUUAUGCUUCAGCCACCUUGGGACGAAAAUGUUGAGAAUAAGUUUAUCAUCCACUAUACAUAUGGAUGUGACUAUAAUAUGAAGGGGGAACUGACAUAUGGGAAGAUUGGAGAAUGGCGUUUUGACAAGAGAUAUCAUCUUUUGGGUCCUCCACCCAAAAACCUCCCCUUACCGCCUCCAGGAGUUCCUGAAACGGUGGUGCAGCUAGUAAAAAUGGUCAAUGAGGCUACUGCAAACAUACCUGAAUGGGAUUCAAUAAAUAACAGCCGAGGGAAAGAUGAUAAACCAUAAAGCCUGUGAUUUUGAGAUGAGGACUACUAAUACAUGUCAAAAUGGAUAAGUUUAAGCUAAUAGGAAUUGUGAUAAAUACAAAUGAUGUUUUGUGCUUUCUCUGAAAAUAGUUUUUAUUUUUCUUUUUAAUGGCCAGUAAAUUCUCUUGCAUUCAAACAUAUACAAGACCUUACACUGUUUGCAAACUGAUUGUUGUCAUAGUGCAACCAAUGGAAUGACAUCUUACCCCUUUUGUUUUCCCCCAGCUUUUGUGGAUGAAA